AUGCGUCAGUGGAUGUGUGAAGGCGAAAAUGCCAUGGGGGUGCAGCAUACCCAAAAAGUAGCUCUUGACCAUAUCGAAGACGUUGUCCCGCGCCGUUGGUUAUAUGCAAUUGCCAACAGGAGGGCUACUAUGUAUGGAUCACGCAGACGGUUAGGUGGCGUAACUCUUUUCACAUGGCCGAAGGGAGUCGAUGUGCCCGCGCUCGAUGUAGACCAAGGCGACUGGCGCUGUGCCCUUCUCAAAGAGAGCCUUGUUACCAUACCUGCUGGUGAAGAUUUGACAGGGGAGACUGCAGAUCCAAUGGCCGUCAAAGUGGAAGUCAAGUGGUCUCCUAGUCAACCGUUAAUGAAAAGAAAGAGAAAACAGAAGGGGACAAAAGAGGAAUGGAGGGAGGGAGUAGACUUCCUCCCAUAUGAAGACCUACCCGGAGGGCCUCAGUGGGCAUUCAUCAGACCCAAUGAUGUAUCUGAUGCUACGGUCGAGUUCCCACCCACCCUUGCCGCUAUUCACCUUCUUGACCGCCUUAACACACAAUUUAUCGACAGGAAUUCCGUCCAAUUCGUCUAG